AUGAGCUGCUUUGGUUGUUGUGGUGGUGAGGAUUUUCGCCGAGUUGCUGAAACCGGACCAAAGCCAGUGCACAACGCAGGAGGUUACAAUGGAGGACACCAUCAAAGGGCUGAUCCACCUAAGAACCCACCAGUCAUUCAGAUGCAGCCUAUCUCCGUACCAGCCAUUCCAGCAGAUGAAUUGAAGGAGAUAACCGAUAACUAUGGUUCAAAGUCCUUGAUUGGUGAGGGCUCAUAUGGAAGAGUGUUUUACGGUGUUCUUAAAAGCGGUAAGGCAGCUGCCAUUAAGAAACUGGAUUCGAGCAAGCAACCUGAUCAAGAAUUUCUCGCCCAGGUAUCGAUGGUUUCAAGAUUGCGACAAGACAAUGUUGUUGCACUUCUGGGUUAUUGCGUUGAUGGUCCACUCCGUGUUCUUGCUUAUGAAUAUGCUCCUAAUGGAUCUCUUCAUGAUAUUCUUCAUGGUCGAAAAGGUGUCAAAGGAGCACAGCCAGGUCCUGUUCUGUCUUGGAACCAGAGAGUCAAAAUUGCUGUUGGUGCUGCCAGAGGACUCGAGUACUUGCAUGAGAAGGCAAACCCUCAUGUCAUCCACCGAGACAUCAAAUCCAGCAAUGUACUUCUGUUCGACGAUGAUGUUGCCAAGAUUGCUGAUUUCGAUCUGUCCAACCAAGCCCCUGACAUGGCUGCUCGCCUUCACUCAACUCGUGUGUUGGGAACCUUUGGCUAUCACGCUCCAGAGUAUGCAAUGACGGGAACAUUGAGCACAAAGAGUGAUGUCUAUAGUUUUGGCGUUGUUCUGCUGGAGCUGCUCACAGGUCGUAAGCCAGUUGAUCAUACCUUACCGCGUGGACAGCAGAGUCUUGUAACAUGGGCAACCCCUAAACUGAGUGAAGACAAGGUGAAGCAGUGUGUUGAUGCAAGACUAAACGCAGAAUAUCCUCCCAAAGCUGUUGCCAAGCUGGCUGCGGUAGCUGCGCUGUGUGUGCAAUACGAGGCGGAUUUCAGGCCAAACAUGAGCAUAGUGGUGAAAGCACUUCAGCCUCUGCUCAAUCCUCCUCGCUCUGCUCCCCAAACUCCACUCAGGAGCAACAACCCUUAUUGA